CGUAAUGGCCGUUGUGCUGUGGUGUUGUGGUUUUGUUGUGUUGGAAAAUCUGAUUAUAGUUUUAAGUUAAAUGAAAAACUGUUUAAUUUUCCAUUAAAUCGAGGAUUUACACGUUAAUUCGAACGGCAACACCCACAACAACCUGACCUACAACAAUCCAGUUCCUGUCGCGUCUUCCAGAACGAAUCGCGAGUGUUUACUUUUUUCUCUCUCCUAUCUCCCUCGAAUUUCAUUCUCGGUUUUCGCGCCGACGGCGGCGGCGAUGACCUGAGAACCGCCGACGAAUCAUCAGUGCGAUCGACCACCCCGCACCCUCAACGAAAACGACGCGGCAUAUGACAAACGGCGGACGGCAAGGACAAGCCCCGAUGGCGGCGUUCAUGACGCGCAAAAAGAAGUACAAGUUCCAGGUGGAGGUGUGUCUGGAAGAGCUCCUCGAGGUGCCCCUUAUCACCGCCGUGCUCUUCGCCAAGCUGCGCCUCGUCGACGGCGGCAACUUCCAAGACAACAGUAGCAGGGAGGAGGUGAGGGACCACAAGGUGAAAUGGGACGCGAAAUUCACGUUCCCGUGCAAGAUGAUGGCGAACGCGUCGACGGGCGUGAUGGAACGUUGCGUGCUGCGUAUCUCUAUAAGGAAGGAGACCGGAAGAUCGUUCACCAAAUUGGGAUUCGUCGAUCUGAACCUGGCCGAGUACGCCGGGGCCGGCGUGACACAUCGGAAGGCGCUUCUGGAGGGUUACGACGCCCGGAGGCGCCAGGACAACAGCAUGCUGCAGUUCUCGAUCACCAUGAACAUGUUGCAAGGCGAUAUCUUGUUUAAAGUGCCAUCACCUUCUCUAAAACACAAACAGAUAAUAGCUGAAGACACAACGGCAGAUAACAGAAACGAAGAAUUCACCAGCGGCUCGUUGGCCGGUUCAAUAGCCAGUGGGAGUUCCGGUUUCGGCAGCCUGCCCAAGAAGCGACCACAACUUUUAACUUCAGAAUUGGUGAUCGGCCAGACUCUCACGGAGAACAACGUGCCGGUAACAGUAGCGACAGAUUAUUUGGAGAUCAACCCUCAACAAGCACCGGAACACGACGAGCCUACAGCCGAGCCGGGUCACUCCAGAAACUCGUCGAACACGAGCCAACUUUCCAAGGCGUCCGGAUACAGCAGCAUUCACUCGCACAGCCGCCAGUCCAGCUCCGGCGAUUCCGGGCACAUUAGGGAACCACAGCACAGAUCACUGCGGAUAAACAACAACAAAAACCAAUUGAAAUUCCCACGCACCAACACCUAUCCCAAACACCUGAAAAUUCCCAACACUAUAUCGCAGGACGAGGUAUUUUUCACACCCCAAAUUGUAACCGAGGAAUAUUUCUCUCCUAUCCAGAACGGUUUCUUGCCAGAUUUGAACUCUAGCAAUUAUUCCACUCCGGUAGGCUUAAACCACCAGAUCAGCAACAUAAGUACGAGCAGCAACGAACAGUACGCCACCCCAGAAUGCUCGUUCACCACCAAAUCCGACCUGUUUUCCCAAAACUUUGUCGAGCUUCAAAAGUCUUCCUCCACGAGCGUCGUAGUGGAACGAAAUUCCGAUUACAGCAACACCGUCGAUUUGACGUUGCGCAAGUCCGACUCGACCGUGUCCCAACCCUCCAAGCAACGUCCCAAGGAACAGAUGAACGACGUGCUGCGUUCGAAGAGCGAGUUCGAAAUACCCCGUGUUCACGAGCAAAACAACCUCGAAAAGUCCUCGUCCACCUCCAGAUUUUUCAAAUCCGACAGUCUUUUCUCCUUCCUCACGCCCCGGCCGAAGCGCAAAGGGAUGAACGACGGCCACUCGACGCCGAACAAUCCCCAAAACGCGAUCCCGUUCAAAGUACCCAGUUCCCCGAUACCCAAGCACCAAUUAAACGGCGCCACCUCGAUCAGCUCCCUACGUUCGGGUCUAGGCGACGGUAACCAGCUCGGUGUCCAGUCCGUGCCAAGGGGAAUGUCACAUCGGAAGCUGUUGGAAGGCUCGUCGGGAGGUAAGCUAGCACCACUGGCCACAAGUCCUGAUGAAACGCCUUCAACCACAACUGUCUCGUCCUCCGAAAACACACAAUUACCCGCAAUGCGUCGUCCCAGCGUCACAACGAACCCCAGUUCGAGCAGCCUGGUGAUAUCGGAGACUGGUUCGCUGGACAGGGUGAAGACGUCGUACGACAGGCGGAAAAAGACGCAGGCGUCGGAGGACGCGGUCUCCGGUCGGGUUGAAACGACACGCGUCAAUCCCGGCGAUCUUAUCGAAGAGCUACUCAAGAACACGAAUCUGGAACCCACCGAAGAUUCCGCAGAAACGUCUGGAUUGCAGUUGUUUAUUGCCAAAGACGGGACAGCCGCUUUGGGUAAUCACGAGGUAAAAUCUCAGAUGUCGACUGGCGUGCAGGUGUUUAAGCAAGUCGUAAUGGACGACAGGUAGCCUUAAUAGCAUCCCCCCGACAUUAGAACACCGAUAUUGUUAUUGAUAUUGUGAUAUUCUGUAGCGAAGGCUUUUCCCCUCUCGAAUUGCCGAAUGCGCGACGUUCCCGGCGAUUCCAUUGACUUUUCAUUGUUUGACCGGAUGUAUGUUGCUGGGGAACGUCCGGCUCGGAUUCGUUUGACGUUUUUUGGCCAGUCCACUAUGAAUAGUCACUCGUUUUUUGCGCACCGAUUAUAAAAUGGUUUAUUAUGGAGAGUAUUAUUUAUUUGAUUGAGAAAUGUGGCUACAGAAUAUUUACACAUGCAAAGUAAUUGAUUAUACGUAUAUAUCAGUACAUAGUGUUGCCAAUUUUUGUGAUAAAAUAUUUAGUGCAAAGUAAAUACAUCACGGGAUUUCGUGUGUGAUGUCAAACAUAAAUUGAUAAUCAUUAUUUAUUGUAAAUUAUUCAUUUGUACAAGGAAUAUAUUUAUUUUUUAGUUUACUUUAAGACUCCUGUAAUAUAUUUUAAGUUUUAUCAUGUAUAUAAUGAUUAUAAUACAAUUAUCAAAGUUG